AUGUCAAACUCAAACCACACCCUCACCCCCACUCACCGCAGUGGUACGUACACCAAGAAAUAUAGGAUCUCCCCGGCGCGGACGACUGCGUACACCACCACACUUUUUAGCGCCGAUAUGAGUUUCGCGGAUGUGUCGGGAUGGGCCGCAGACGAGGUUGUUAGGCGAGGUGUUGGGAUUGGAGAGCUUGUGAUGGGGAUGAGGGUUUAA